AUGAACUGGAUCACUCACCUUUGUGCGGCCCUCUGGGCUGUCACCAACGACUACGCAUGGUUCGCUGUCGACCCUACAGCCAGCUUCGCGCUGGCUCAAGCCAACUGCACCCUCCCCUCACCACAAUGUCUUCGCCAAGCCAAGGCGGUUCACCACCAGCUCACUAAGGAGCAUGUGGACCUCUACUGGUGGAGCGUCACCGAGGAGACGGCCAAGAUCGAACACGAGCGGCAGACCAAGGAAGCUCACGAUCGGUACAUCGUAGGUCAGCUCGCCAAAGCUGACAAGUGGGAUCGGUGGGAGAUGAGCCCGCCUACCAUCAUUCAACAGACCGUCACCAACAUCAUCAAUCCUACCUACAAUACCUUCGUCAACCCGACCAUUGUCUCGCCAACUUUGGUCUCGAUCUUCACCGCUCCACCAGAGGUACCUGGACUGGAGGCCAAGGCCUUGUCAGCCAAACGCUCUCCAUCGAUUGAGUCCGGUGUCACCACCAUCGACAACUCUUUCGAGAGAGCGGAGGGGCAUACACUCGCCAAGCAGAUCAUUGGCCUCGUCUUCUUAGGCACCGUGAUCUACAUGGUCGUCUGCUUCGUCUCCGCUCUCGUCCGGUACCUCUACAUGUGGGUCUGCUCCUCUUCUGCUCCCUCCUCGCCUGCUCCCUCCUCGCCUGCUCCCUCCUCGCCUGGUCCUACUCCACAGGCUCCAGAAAGGCCCCUGGAGUCUCCAAAGGGCACCUUACUGUCGUCCGAGCUGCCUUUUGCGCCGGCAUCUCCCUGCCAGGAAGAUACAGAGUGGGAUGACUUUGCCAUUGACCUCGGGGAACAGUUGUCCGACGCGUUUGCCAAAGACAUGGCUUUAGAAAGCCUCCUGAAGUCUCCUCUGGGCACCACCUCUGAGCAGUCGCCGAGCGUGCUGGUCGCUGCCGCCUCGGCUGAGGCUGAGGUCGAGAAGAUUCCCUCGAAAGAGGUCGAACAAGCUCCCUCGGCUGAGGUCGAGGAGGCAAGGCCCGCUCGGAAGACUACUGUGGCACGCUUUGUCUGCUCUUUCUCCCCCAACACAUCGCCCGCCCUCCCUUCGUCCUCAAUUUGGUGCGAGAAGCUCGCCCCACGGCCCGCCGCGGAAACCAUCGCAAGGCAAGAUCCAGGGUCCAGUGGCGUCAUCGUCUCCCUGCCAAGUUCCUCCGCCACGAUCUCACCUCCACAAGCCACAGAUCGCCAAGUCUCCGCCUCUCUCCACGCGUCUUGA